UAGAAAACCCAUAGUCGCCUCAGCCAUGGCUCGAACCGAUUACACAAGGUUUAGCCUCUACAGCAUCACCAGGCUCAGACGGAUGGCCGAGAAAUGGCGCAAGCUCACCAAAGGUGCAAAGGACACACCGGCAGACGUCCCACCCGGUCACUUAGCUGUGAGUGUCGGCAAUCCAGGCCGACGGUUUGUCAUAAGGGCCUCCUAUUUGAACCAUCCUGUCUUCAGGCAACUAUUGGACCAAGCCUACGAGGAGUAUGGGCAUGAACACCACGGCCCGAUCGCCUUUCCUUGCAACGAAUUCAUCUUCGAACAGAUAAUCCAGUCACUUGGGCGAAGCAAGGAAUGCCAUAGAAUGAAGCAGCAUUGUUGUUUACAGCCAACGGAGAAAGAGAAGGGUGUAUUGGGAGACUGCAGGCCAGUCCUGCAUGGGAUGUUGGGGAGAGAGACGUGGUAGUUGUAGUUGCAUCAUUGAGUUAGACGGUUUUCACAUUAACCGAUGAUUUCAUUCAGCUCCAUUGGCGACUCUAGUCGGCUGCACGUUAUUAUAUUAUAUCACAUUCUCGGUUAAAAGGAGAUUUGACAUUUUAACAAAUAUAGGAAGUUUGUGCCAAAUCCUUGAAGCAGCACCUGAUCUACUAAUUCUUUCUUUCCUUUUUUCUUUGGUAUUGUGAGGAUUAGUAAAGAAUCUCUUGAUCAAAAGUUCCUGUUUGGACCACAAACAAUGCUAGCCUUCCACAUUGUUCA